AUGAUCUCCAAUUUCAUCCAUCAUGGCUGUAAAAAUUUAACUAUUUUUGCGCGCGGAGAGCAGCAACAGAGAUAUAAAAAAGGUGAAAUUGUAACAACACCGGGUGGGAUUCGUAAAAAAUUCAAUGGGAAGCAGUGGAGACGGUUGUGCAGCAAAGAAGGAUGUAAUAAGGAAUCCCAGCGACGUGGCUACUGUUCCAGGCAUCUUUCAUUGAAAGGAAAAUCUAUUCGAUCAGAGUUUAAUCUUGCUACUACACUUUCACCAGGUGGGAGUUCGAUCGAUUGGUCACACGGAGAAUUCUCAGAUUUGAGCCCAGUGGAAGUGCAGGGUCGGCGGUUCGACGAAACUGAUGUUGCUAAUACUCUUUUGAAUCUUCAUAAUACUCACGGUUUCUUGCCGUCUGCGGGUAUAGAACAACCGUUUUCGUCAUCGGCACCGGCACGGUUUCACCAUAUUGUUCCACCAAAUCCUUUAGCUCCAAAGCUGAUGUCCGGCAGUGCACCACCUUUAUCGCAUUCACGUACUAUAGAUGAUGCUUUCAGUGAAGCGAUCAAGAUAGAUAAGUCAAUCAUUGACCAUAGUAUGUAUCAUCCUAAUUUAAAGACUGUUACGGAUCGACUCCUUGAGCGAGCUUAUCCACAACCAUGUGAUUUGCUGCCUGUUAUGCCUGUACAAGUUCCAAGAAAGAAGAAUUCUUCAUUGGAAUUGAAUAUUUGUGCAAAUACAAGCAACCCAUUAUUGAUGCAACUUACUCCUCGUUUCGACUCCUUCUCUUUAUUCAGUAUGUUAUCAGAUGUGUCAAACAAUGCAGGGACUUCAAAAUCGGACGACUCAGCAUCUCCGAUGGGAGAUUUUUCAACAAGCAAGAAGUUUUCGGAGAGUGACGAUAUAUUGGAUGAUGCAAGCAUUGCUGGCACGGAUACGGAAAUAGAUGAUGCUAGCGAAAAAACACAAUCUUGUAAAGGCGACGGCUGCAACGAUGAAAAUAUAACAGACAAUGACGAUUUUGAGGAAGACUGCAGUAGUAGUGUUCAUGAGCAACUUUUUCCUGGAAGCGAAGGAAGCGGAAGUAUGACUGGAACAUUUCUUGGUGAAAGCAUUACUGGACAUGAUGUCAUGGAUGAGUAUUCGGAAGGCGAAACUGAUCAGGAAGGUGAGAGAUACUCGUCAUCGGUUCCAUGGCAUCAUUUGGUACCACAUUUACAAAAACGAGUGUUUGAAAACUCAUUGAAGGAAUUUACGUCAACACCUGAUGAUUCAACGCAAGAUUCGGAUCAAAAAGGAUUCGGCGACGACCAACAGACUAGUGGCGGCGGGAAGACGCUCAAUGGAAAUCAGGGUGGUAUGGACCAACAGUUUGAAGCUGAAGGUGACAGAUAUGAUAGUGCUACUGACCGCACUGAUAAAGUGCGGAAUAGUAGAGUAAUCGACGACGAUGAAAAUGGGAGAAAGAGGAUUGAAAAUAGCAGAUUGGAAAGUCGAACUGUUCAGCAGGAACAUUUCUUACGAAAGCAACAACGUGGUGUUAGCCAGUGCUACAACAACAGUUACCGGUUUGAAAAGAAAAGCGGGAGUAGAGAUGCUCAGAUUGCAACACACUAUGGAUCGGAGAUUUCGAAGAGCGUUUUGCUUGAUCACUUUAACUUCGAAUUUGAAGAUGAAGAAACAUUUGAAUUGGACACAGUUGAUGAAUCAAUGUCAAUAUCAUCAAAAAAGCGUAAAGUGCAGACAAUACUCAGUCCAGACAGUGGAGACAAAAAAGCUGUUCGGCAGCAUAUACGGCGGCCAAUGAAUGCUUUCAUGAUUUUCUCAAAACGACAUCGACCGUUAGUGCAUGAAAAGUAUCCGAAUCGGGACAAUCGAACAGUUUCGAAAAUUCUUGGCGAAUGGUGGUAUGCACUGGGCUCUGAGGAAAAGCAGAAAUAUCAUGAUCUUGCCACUCAAGUGAGGGAAGCACAUUUUCGUGCUCAUCCUGAUUGGAAAUGGUGCAGUCGUGAGAGAAAGAAAACAACAAAUGGUAUCCGAUUGGAAACAGAAAUGCAUAAUACCAUGAGUGAUCUCGAUAUUUCGGAUCAGUUGGCGUCAGAGUAUAUCGAUGGGAAGUCUCUUUCUUUGUUCAGUCCAACCACACACACAAUUCACUACCCGAUAUCACUGAGGCCAGAACUAGAUGUGGUUCCAGGGUCACCACUGGUUAGUCCUGGUUACAUUCCGCUACCACUCAUGUCAUCUGGCAGUGAUCAACGAAGUGAUAAGCAUUAUUUGGAUGUAUUACGACCAAUCAUGGGCUUGAAAACUGAUAAUAGUAGCAGCAUGCUAGCUACCGAUGCAGAUCGUGUCGUGAACAGUAGUAGUAUACUACAACCGCUUAUUUCAUCACUCCAUCCCUCACCAUUUUUAUGGAAUACCAUACCGAAUCUUCCAUCACAUUCGAUCCUUCCUAGUGAACAUCAACAACAACAACAGCAACAGCAACAGCAACAACAACAACAACAACAACAGCACUAUCAUUAUAUGUGUGGCACGUUCAAUACUGUGCACACCUUUUGUAAAAAAGCUCACACAGCUUUUAAUUUGAUGGGUUUUUCAACGGUUGAUCGGCUCCAUUUAAACGGGAAUACUGCAGUGGGACCAACAUCUGUUGCAGUGGAACCAACAGCACCAUUUUUUCCACUUCCGGUUUCGAUGUCGUCUGAAAACAGCCUUUUAAUUCCACUGAUUUUAUCUCAUGAAUCAGGCAUAAAAAACCGAUCUGUUUUGAUUUCAUACAAUGAGCAAGCUGGUUGUGCUAAUUUGAAAGGAGAUAGUAGCUUCAAAAAUGAGAUCGCAUCAGGAACGAAAUUCACUUUUCCCAAGAAAGAUCAUCAGCAGAUAUCAUUUGCACAUCAAAUUGUCCCUCAUUUUCACAAUGAUAUUCUCGAUGACAGUAAGCGCAAUAUGAAUGCGAUGAGCUCAAGUUCAGCUUUCCAGGUUGCUGUUGUGAAACCUGCAAAGACAAAACAAAAAGCGAUGAAUGAUAAUCAUCUAAAAAGUUUUUCUGCGGGGUUCACGCAACCAUCAGAGAUCCCUUCUUCACUUCCACGUGACUCAUUGACUGUUGUUUCCUGUGCAAAAGAUCUGAAUACUUUCGUGCUUAUGCCAACUCCAGCUCAAAGAGGCAUGGCAAAAGGACAACUGCGAAGUAUGAAAAUUGAAUCUGGAGAAGCAAGUGAAAUGGAAAAGCCAUAUGAGACAGUUCAAAAAUCAGGGUCUGAGAAAGAUUAUAAGGAAUUGAACGAAGCAGCAGCAGACGUUGUUAAUGUUUCUACAAUAACAAACAAAUUAUCGAGUAAUAGCGAAAUAGAAUUAAGAAGUCCGACUAAGAAACUUUUCAAACGGAACGACGAGAGCAUGGAUAGAGUCUUAAAUCAAGUGGAUUUUGAUAAGAAGUUUGCCAACUUGCCAGCAUUCACUCCUGAUGAUCCGCAGAAAG